AUGGCAGCCUGUCCAGGCAUGGGGUGGCCUGGCCUGCUCCUGCUGCUGAUGACUACUGUGGCCUCCACUCAGAGCCAAGGCUGUCCCCAGCGCUGUGAGUGCAUGGCCAAGCUCAAGUCUGUGGCCUGCCAAGGCAAGCGCCUGUCUGCCCUCCCCGACAGCAUCUCCUCGGACACACGCCUGCUGGACAUGAGUGGGAACAUGCUUCGCUGGGUGGAGCAUGGCGACCUCCUCUCCUACCCUCGGCUGGAGGAGCUAGACCUGAGUGAGAACAUAAUCAGUGUCCUGGAGCCCAACGCCUUCUCUAGCUUGCAGAACCUGAGGGUGCUGUCGCUGAGGGGGAACCAGCUCAAACUGGUCCCCAUGGGCGCCUUCUCACGCCUCACCAACCUCACCACACUAGACCUGAGUGGGAACAAGAUCGUCAUCCUGUUGGACUUCACUUUCCAGGAUCUAAAGAGCCUGAGGAACCUGGAGGUUGGCGACAACGACCUGGUCUACAUCUCCAACAAGGCCUUCCUGGGCCUGGUGGGUCUGAGGGAGCUCACCAUUGAGAGGUGCAACCUGACCUCCAUCUCCAGCCAGUCUCUCUCCUACCUCCGCAGCCUGGUCACUCUGCGCCUGCGCUACCUCAGCAUCUCCUCCCUGGAUGACCAGAACUUCCGUAAGCUGGGCGGGCUGCGGGGUCUGGAGAUCGACCAUUGGCCCUUCCUGGAACACAUCUCCCCCCACAGCCUCCAGGGCCUCAACCUGUCUUGGCUGUCCAUCACCAACACUAACAUCACCUCUGUGCCCACAGCCGCCCUACGCAGCCUGGCCCACCUCACCAGCCUCAAUCUCUCCUACAAUCCCAUCUCAGUGCUGGAGUCCUGGGCCCUUAGGGACCUGGUCCGGCUGAAGGAGCUACACCUGGUCAACACCAACCUGAUGACGGUGCAGCCGUACGCCCUCGGUGGCCUUCGGCAGAUCCGCCUGCUUAACCUGUCCACUAACGCCCUGGUAACCCUGGAGGAGGGCGCCUUCCAGUCUGUCAACACCCUGGAGACGCUGCGUGUAGAUGGGAACCCUCUGUCCUGUGACUGCCGCCUGCUCUGGAUCCUCCAGCGCAGGAAGACCCUCAACUUUGAAGGGAAGUCCCCAGUGUGUGCGGGACCCAUGGAGGUGCAGGGCAGGGCCCUCAGUGCCUUCUCAGACUCUGCCCUCUUUGACCACUUUACCUGCCAGAAGCCCAAGAUACGCAACAGGAAGCUGCAGCCUGUGACUGCCAGGGAGGGCCAGGUAGUGUCCUUUGUGUGCCGGGCGGAGGGUGAACCCACACCUAUCAUCUUCUGGGUAUCUCCCCAGCGCCGUCGGAUCACUACCAAGAGCACUGGACGUGUCAUCGUCCUACCUGAGGGAACGCUGGAGAUCCGCUACGCCCAGGUGACUGACAGCGGCACCUACAUCUGCAUCGCCAGCAAUGCCGGGGGUAACGCCACCUACUUUGCCACGCUGACCGUGAGCGCGCUGCCUCUGGACGCAGCGCUCAUGGCCAACCGCACAUACUACACAGGUGACCUCAACGAGACCAAUCUGAACGACACCAAGGUCUUCCUCAAGUUCACCUUGGACCUCAAGACAAUCCUGAUAUCCACAGCCAUGGGGUGUUGCUUGUUCCUUGGGGUGGUGGUCUUCUGUUUCCUGAUGCUGUUCGCAUGGAGCCGGGGCCGGGGGCAGCACAAGAAUAACUUCUCAGUAGAGUACUCCUUCAGAAAGGUAGAUGGCCCUGCUGCCAGUGGCGGACAGGGAGGGGCCCGUAAGUUCAACAUGAAGAUGAUUUGA